CAUCUACAAUGAUUUCUCCGGCGCUCAUCUUCUUUUCUGCCUUCCUCUGCCAUGUUGCUAUUGCGGGACGGACCUGUCCGAAGCCGGAUGAACUACCGUUUGCUGUGGUUGUUCCCUUAAAAACAUUCUAUGACCCAGGGGAGCAGAUUGUCUAUUCCUGCAAGCCAGGCUAUGUGUCCAGGGGAGGGAUGAGACGGUUUACCUGUCCUCUCACAGGGAUGUGGCCCAUCAACACCCUGAAAUGUAUACCCAGAGUGUGUCCUUUUGCCGGAAUCUUAGAAAAUGGAGUUGUACGCUACACGACUUUUGAAUAUCCCAACACCAUUGGCUUUGCUUGUAACCCUGGGUAUUAUCUGAACGGGACUAGCUCUUCUAAGUGCACGGAGGAAGGAAAAUGGAGUCCAGAACUUCCUGUUUGUGCUCGGAUCACCUGCCCGCCACCACCAAUUCCUAAGUUUGCAGCCCUUAAGGAAUACAAGACUUCAGUUGGGAACAGCUCUUUUUAUCAGGACACAGUGGUCUUUAAAUGCUUGCCACACUUUGCCAUGUUUGGAAAUGACACAGUUACGUGCACAGCCCAUGGAAACUGGACCCAAUUGCCAGAAUGCCGGGAAGUAAAAUGUCCCUUCCCUUCAAGGCCAGACAAUGGGUUUGUGAAUUACCCUGCAAAGCCGGUGCUUUCUUAUAAAGAUAAAGCCGUAUUUGGUUGCCAUGAAACAUACAAACUGGAUGGCCCGGAAGAAGUGGAGUGUACCAAGACAGGAAAUUGGUCGGCCCUGCCGAGCUGUAAAGCAUCUUGCAAACUCUCUGUUAAGAAGGCCACCGUGUUGUACCAAGGGCAGAGGGUGAAGAUCCAGGACCAGUUUAAGAAUGGGAUGAUGCAUGGUGACAAGGUUCACUUCUAUUGUAAAAAUAAGGAGAAGAAGUGCAGCUACACCGAGGAGGCUCAGUGCAUAGACGGCACCAUCGAGAUCCCCAAAUGCUUCAAGGAGCACAGUUCUCUGGCUUUCUGGAAAACGGAUGCAUCAGAUGUGACACCGUGCUGAAGACAUUUUCAGAAUCAAAAUUGAAUGUCUCAUUUGUAUCUCUGCUUGUCUGAGGAAUCAACUGAAAUAGCAGAAUAAACUACCGAGUUGCCUCAGUCA